AUGGGUACUGCGUUCACUCUAGCCAGUCAGAGUGGCAAAUCAUCUACUGAGGCGACUCCUGCCGGCAAGAAGAGCAACUUCAAGGGCGUGGUCGUCGCUGUGAGCGGACUUGUCCCCGCAUACAAGCAUGAGGACAUUCAAGCCAUGGUCGAGGCGUGCGGUGCCAAAUUCGAGAAAAUGAAGAUCAAUGACUGCACUCACCUGAUCACGACCGCUGAGUGCUAUCGCAAGGCUACCGCGCCAUACAAGAUCAAGCAGGCGAAGCGGUUGUCAGACUGCAGCAUCGUCACAGUGGACUGGCUGUUACAGUCCAUCGAAGAGAAAACGCCGCUCGAUACCAAAGGAUUCUUGGUCAAGUCAUUGGGUCUCAAGCGUCCCGUCACGGGCACACCAGCUUGUCACAGGAAACGCAAGAGAGCCGGUGACGGAUUCACGGCAAUUGAGCAGCCAGGAAAGAUUGCCAAAGACCGGCUGAAAGCCAAUCACGACCGCCUGAAAAGGCUGGUCGAUAAGGCAAUCCAGGACACAGGGAACGGGGAUGUUCUGGUGUGGUUGGAUGAUGAAGACAUCGUCUACGAUGCGACCCUCUUGUCGACCGAGUCAUGUCUCGAGGACAAUAGUAGGGAAGAAUCCAUUACCGGGACAAUAGUCCGCCUCCAACUGGUCGUCGACAUGGCAGCAAGUACGUACCGUACUUGGCUUCGAGAAACAAAGUUGGUACGGAGUACUCAGUCCGGCAUACUCCAGUCCUUGAGUGACAGCACCACUGUUACUUCCAAGGGCGAUGGUCAGCUCUCAUCCGCAAUCGCAGAGUACCACUCUAAGUUUGAGGGCUUUACCGGUCAUGCCUGGGACCAGGCUUUCAAGGCUCCGUCGAAAAAGAAGAAUUUCAUCUUCGUCCAUCGUGCGGAUGCAAAUGACCAAGAAAAGCUAUCGGACCCCGAGUUGAAGGCCUUGGGCUUGAUCGUCCGUACAGCGCGUCCGAAAUUGGACGGAUUGCUUGCAGGCUACGUCAACAGACUCUUAGAGAAGCCGGGCAUUGCUGACCAUUUUUUGGAGACCGGUGUUGCGCUUGCUGACAUGAUAGCAAAAGUCUCCGAUGGAUCAAACAAAGAGAAGACAUCGCCCAAAGUCUGUGCUAAUGAUCUGAAAAGCUGCUUUGUAAGAAUCUUUGGCAAGGAGGGAGCUUCAUGUUCAAAAACUCUCGAAGCGGAGUCCAUUGAACAGACCAAGCAUGAAAUUGAGGGCCAGUUGAGUCUGCGGGCAAUUGAUAUCAGUUUGCCUGGUAGCCUAGUACCGAGCUCUUCAAGGUCAGCAUCUCCCGUCAUGGAUGAGAAUGCCUUCCGCUUUCUGCGUCUCAAGUCAAUGAAAAUGGUGGAGGCAGAUACGGAUGAGUACCUUCAUCUUGCGGGCUAUUACAACCACACUUAUCCGUUCCACACGAACGUUGCUCCUCGGAUCUUGAACAUCUACUCCAUCGAGCGAGAGGGUGAAGCUGAACGGUUUGCCCAAUGCAGAGCGGCGGCAAGUAAUAAGGACCAAAGCCAUCGACGAUUACUUUGGCAUGGCACACGUACAGAAAAUCUUCCCAGCAUUUUUCGCACCGGCUUGGUCUCGGGCCCAUCACGGGGCAUCUUCUUCGGUGAUUUCUCAGCAAAAUCCUUUGCUUAUUGCCGUCUUGCUCAUCCCAUGACGCAGGGAUUCAUGUUAUUGAAUGAAGUCGAGCUUGGUAAGUGUCUUCACUCGGAACGAGGCUUGUCCGUCCGUACGAAGUGGAAUACUCUGGUCUCAUAUCGACGGUAUCCUUUUGCCAAUGCCCAGUCCAAUUGGACUGAUGCCGCUUGUGUACGACCUGAUUUAGCAGGGGUUCAAAUACCGCUGCCACGGCCUGAGGAGAAGGAAAGAUGGGCAAGCAGAGGAUACACCGACGGUAGUAUUGAGUACAUUGUUCACAAUCCGGCUCAGGUGCGCCUGCGAUAUCUGUUCCACCUCACGCUCGAUCCACCGUCAAGUGGCUGA